AUGGCCGCCACCGCUCCGCUGCGCGACUGCCAGGCGUGGAAGGAUGCGGGCCUCCCACUGUCAACCACGAGUAACGAGGCCUGCAAGCUCUUUGAUGCCACCUUGACCCAGUAUGUCAAAUGGACCAAUGACAAAAGUCUUGGUGGCAUUGAGGGCUGCCUGUCAAAGCUCAAAGCAGCAGAUCCAACCUUCGCGAUGGGCCAUGCCAUCUCUAAUGGCCUCGUGCUGAUCGGCACCGGAAGCUCCGUGAGGCUGGACAGGGAGUUGGACCUGGCCGUGAAGACAAUGGUGGAGGUCUCCAAAACACAGCCACUGACGCAGCGGGAGCGGCUGCACGUGUCUGCAGUGGAGACCUUUGCCAAGGGGCGGCCCGGUCUAUGGCACUUUGUCCCAGCAGCCCCAGGAGAUGGACACACACCCCCUCCAGGUACCACCCCAAGCACCAGGCUUCCCAGCAACUGGACGCUGCUGAUCGGUGGGGAGCGCUGUGACCCCCCAGCGUCGGCACAAUCGUCUACCCCAAACCCCGUCUCUGCAGCGGGCCCCUCUGCGACUCACAGCCCACCCCCUAAGCAUCAGCGCGCUGGCUCCACUGAGGACGACAAGGGCCCUCUCCCGCCUGUCCGGCUGGUGACACCCACCUGGAGGCACAGCCCGGGACACCUCCCUUGGGAAGUACUGGCUUUGUCCAUUAACCCGACAGACGCAUGGUCGGUGCACACCAUCGCCCAUAUUCACGAGAUGAAAGCAGAAAUCAAGGAUGGAUUGGAAUUUAUGCAGCACUCAGAAACCCACUGGAAGGACUCUGAUAUGCUUGCUUGUCAUAAUUAUUGGCACUGGGCUCUGUAUCUGAUUGAGAAGGGCGAAUACGAGGCCGCGCUGACCAUUUACGAUACGCACAUCCUCCCCAGCUUGAAGGCCAGUGGAGCGAUGCUGGAUGUGGUGGACAGCUGCUCCAUGCUGUACCGGCUGCACAUGGAAGGCCCAACCUGUAUCCGCUCCAGGCCCUGGGUCAACGGGACGAUGCCCUGUGACCCAGACCAGCGGCCACCUGAGGGCCAGCAGGGAGACAGGGGCCGUGACAGCCGUCUGCCUCGGCCCCGGGGCCAACUCCAAUACCAGGCCUUUACCCUCAUCGUCUGCAAGCCUCCUGACAGCCCCGAGCGGUCCCCCGGGGAGAAUUGCCAGCACCUCCUGGCCCGUGACGUGGGGCUGCCCCUGUGCCAGGCCCUGGUGGAGGCCGAGCACGGGAACCCGGACCGUGUCGUGGAACUGCUCCUGCCCAUCCGCUACCGUAUCGUCCAGAUCGGAGGCAGCAACGCCCAGAGAGACGUCUUCAACCAGUUACUGAUCCAUGCGGCCUUGAACUGCACUUCUGGCGUCCACAAGAACGUGGCACGGAGCCUCCUGAUGGAGCGUGACGCCUUGAAGCCGAACUCACCCCUGACCCAACGGCUCAUCCGAAAGGCUGCGGCCGUCCACCUCCUGCAGUGA